GACUCUCCUUCCCACAAGACAGGGUUUUCCCGCGAAAACUCUCUCUCUCUCUCUGCAAAACUUAUCUUUCACGCCAAAUCAUUCAUCAAUGGUUUUCUCCAAACACCACCUCACCGCCUCUGUUUCCACAUUAAAACCCUCCAACUCAUAUUUCGCCUGGUUUUUCUUUUCCUUCUAAUUUUGGCAUUGGUUUUUAGCCGUUACAGUGUUCUCUCUAUAAUCAUGAAAGCGUUUUCAUAAAAACAAACUCUUUUGGGGUUCUUAACGCAUCCGUUGAAUUUGCCUUUGAUGUUUUGUUUCCUUCACUCUAUCGGAUCCCGAGUAUUGACCCAUUAAAAUCACUAAAGAUUGAAGCUUUCGAUCUUAAUAUAUUUACUUCGCCAUUUGGGGUUGUAAAUUGAGAGCUAAAUUAUAGUUGGUAUUCAUUGGAAUUUCGAUUUCUUAGAGAAGAAAAGAGAAUCAUGGUGCAAGUCAAAGAAUGUGAUCCUAACAUGGAAAAGGGGGUUUUGCUUUCUUUGAGUCCUCCGGUAUCGGAUAGCAGUGGAGAUAACACAGCUCUCAAGCCAGCCUCUGCUCAACUGAGAAUGACAGGCCCUACGAGACGAUCAACAAAGGGAGGCUGGACAGAGGAAGAGGAUAGAAUUCUAACAGAUGCUGUCGAGAAGCACAAUGGCAAGAACUGGAAAAGGAUUGCUGAAUGUGUUCGUGGCAGAACAGAUGUUCAGUGCCUUCAUCGCUGGCAGAAAGUCCUCUCACCUGAUCUUGUUAAAGGAUUUUGGUCUAAGGAGGAAGAUGAUCUAAUAAUUGAGUUGGUCGCAAAGCAGGGGAAUAAGAAAUGGUCUGAAAUAGCAAAGUCCUUGCCAGGCCGUAUAGGCAAGCAAUGUCGAGAGAGGUGGCACAACCAUUUAAAUCCAGAUAUAAAAAGAACUGCAUGGACAAAUGAAGAAGAAAAGAUUCUCAUUGAGUCGCAUAAAGCCUAUGGGAACAAAUGGGCUGAAAUAGCAAAGCUUCUGCCUGGAAGGACAGAAAAUUCAAUAAAGAACCACUGGAACUGCUCAGUUAAGAAAAAAUUAGAGCUACGCUCAUUCCAUAUAUCUAAUAUGGAAAGUCAUAAAAUAAAAGCAGGAGUCAGAAAGACAGAGGCGGUAAGACAAAGUCUUGAUUGGAUAGCCAACUUCGAUAAAAAUGUGGAAACCUGUUCAAUUAAUCUUGAUCUGGUUCUUGGAACUCCUAAAGGAAGGGAGAUCCAGAUAAAAUCUUUGGACAAAGGAAAUCGCGGUUGGCUUACAAAAGGAGCUGGUGCAGAUAAUAUGAUCAAAUCACCACCUAGUAACCUUUAUUACGAUAGAGCUGCAGCUGCAUAUGGUCUAAAUGUUGAACAACGGAAAGAAAUUUAUCAUAACUAUGGCAAGUUGAGAGACUCGCAUUAUUUAUCUGCUAAACAAUCAAUCAAAGCUUGCACUACUCCUUCCUGUGAUCUUUGGGGUUUUCCCUUUUUUCAUGGAAAGAAUCAUAAACCCAAUCACCCUAUGAGUUUGUUGAAUAAUGGCUCAGAUUCUUUUGACUACAAUAGAGGAGCUGGAAAUUUUCUCAAGAAACCAGAUCGUCCUAUUACAGUUGAGAGAUUACAUGAAUCUUGUAAAGUAUCACAAGCUUAUGAGGAAACUAAAGAUGCUGGUGGAGCUACUGAGCAUUCAGAGGCUUCAAAUCCUGGUUGCUUGUGCUAUAGGCCACUCCAACAAGAGGAUUUGGACUAUUUUUUUAAAAAUGGUGAAUUCCCAAGCACAGAUAGUUACAUCCAGACAGCAUUUAGUUCAGUUUCCUUAUGCACUCCACCAAGCCAAGACAGAGGAAUAUCUGUUGAUUGUAAUGAUCCGGAUUCCGCAUUGAGAAGUGCAGCAAGGACUUUUAAGAGUUCGCCAUCUAUCCUAAGAAAACGAAGACAUCCAAUUUCCAGACAAAGUCUCAACUCAGAGCAUCACUAUGUCAUCUCAGAAGAAAUUAGCAAUAACUCCAGAAACAGCCUCAACAUUCUAAGUCCAUGUGGUGAGACAAAAUUCCAGUGCAUGGCUCGAUCAAAUGCCAAAAAACUUUUCCUCUCUCCUCAAAAGUCUCAGAAGCUUUAGCUUGUUAUCUGCUGGUGUGAAUUGUGGUUGAGUGACUUGGCAUGGUAAUUUUGUUCAAGUCUUAUCAGAAUGUUUUGUCUAGACACCAUGCAGCGCCUUCAUCAGACGGCUUUUAACCUGUUGAUAUUGGUGAGCAUCACUUCUACAAUCUUAUUAUACUUUCAGAAAUCUUCAGGAAAACGUAAACAUGAAUCUUACAUUUGUUUCCUUAGGCUUGUAGAAACAUGUCAUGUUGAAUCCUAAAGGUGAUAAAAUUAGAAAG